GUUUGGCAGACCUCUCUCGCUCUCUGGUAUGAACUGGGCUGCCGUGUCCAUCGUAAGGGUUCACUCCCCAUUUCUUCCAUUGAACUCUCAGUUGUAGCCUUGUGGGCCUCUUAUGCCUUCAGGUUUUCGUCGAAAACCCCGAGAUGAGUGCUUUCAGGAGAGCUUCGAAGACAUUCAGGUCACCGAAGUUGACGUAUCUAACGGCGUCACCGAGAUUUAGCACAUUAUCUGCUGUAUUUAGAGAUAAUCCGAUUGAGAGUUGGAGCCAAUUUGGUUGGAAUUGCCGUGCGUUUUGUUCUCAUUCUCGCCAAGGUAGCAGAGACAAUGCCAGUUCCAUAGAUUUGAACCAGUAUCCCCCUGAAAGGAUCCGCAACUUUUCAAUCAUUGCUCAUGUCGAUCACGGGAAAUCGACGCUCGCGGACCGGCUUCUGGAGCUCACUGGAACCAUAAAGAAAGGCCACGGUCAACCUCAGUACCUUGACAAGUUGCAGGUAGAGAGGGAAAGGGGAAUUACAGUCAAGGCUCAGACAGCAACUAUGUUCCACAGUCACAACUUUCCGGGUGCCAUUAGUGCUGAUGCACAAGAACCAGUAAGAUUUUUGCUAAACUUAAUUGACACUCCAGGUCAUGUGGAUUUCAGCUACGAAGUAUCAAGAUCUUUAGCAGCUUGUCAAGGUGCCCUUUUGGUUGUUGAUGCUGCCCAAGGAGUGCAGGCUCAGACAGUUGCUAAUUUUUAUCUUGCUUUUGAAUCUAACCUAACAAUAAUCCCUGUCAUAAACAAAAUUGAUCAACCAACUGCUGAUCCAGAUCGUGUCAAAGCACAACUAAAAUCCAUGUUUGACCUUGAUCCAAGCCAUGCGCUUUUGACUUCUGCCAAGACAGGCCAAGGGCUUGAGAAGGUGCUUCCAGCUGUCAUAGAGCGAAUACCUCCUCCUCCUGGGAACUGUGGUUCACCUUUGCGUAUGCUUUUGUUGGAUUCUUAUUAUGAUGAAUACAAGGGAGUAAUCUGCCAUGUCGCUGUUGUUGAUGGCACUUUGCGCAAGGGAGAUAAGAUCUCAUCUGCAGCAACAGGACAAGCUUAUGAAGUUUUGGAUGUUGGAAUCAUGCAUCCUGAACUCAAACCUACAGGAGUCCUUUUAACUGGACAAGUGGGAUAUGUUGUGAGUGGCAUGCGUUCAACCAAAGAGGCACGUGUUGGAGAUACUCUAUCUCAUAGCCGAAGCAUUGUAGAGCCCCUCCCAGGUUUUAAGCCCGCAAAACACAUGGUGUUUUCUGGUCUCUACCCAGCUGACGGAUCAGAUUUUGAGGCGCUUAACCAUGCAAUAGAGAGACUGACAUGCAAUGAUGCUAGCGUCUCAGUCACCAAAGAGAGUAGCACAGCACUUGGUCUGGGCUUUAGGUGUGGUUUCUUAGGUUUACUUCACAUGGAUGUCUUUCAUCAGCGUCUUGAACAGGAAUAUGGAGCUCAUGUCAUUUCCACUGUUCCAACUGUACCAUAUAUCUUUGAGUAUUCAGAUGGAAGCAAAACACAAGUUCAAAAUCCUGCUGCACUGCCCUCAAAUCCCAAAAAACGUGUGACUGCUACUUGGGAACCAACUGUGACAGCUACAAUUAUCAUUCCUAGUGAGUUUGUGGGUGCUGUUAUUACCCUUUGCUCUGAGCGGAGAGGGGCGCAGUUGGAGUACACAUUUAUAGAUAGUCAGCGGGCCUUCAUGAAGUAUCGUCUACCUUUGAGAGAAAUUGUUGUCGACUUUUAUAAUGAAUUGAAAAGUAUAACAUCAGGCUAUGCAUCGUUCGAUUAUGAGGAUGCUGAAUAUCAAGCCUCUGAUUUGGUGAAACUUGAUAUUCUCUUGAAUGGACAACCAGUUGAUGCAAUGGCAACCAUUGUUCAUAAUUUGAAGGCACAGCGUGUUGGACGUGAACUAGUGGAAAAGCUUAAGAAGUUCAUAGACAGGCAAAUGUUUGAGAUAACAAUACAAGCUGCUAUUGGAUCAAAGAUUAUUGCAAGGGAGACGAUUUCAGCCAUGAGGAAGAAUGUCCUUGCAAAGUGCUAUGGCGGAGAUGUGACUCGGAAGAGGAAAUUGUUGGAAAAGCAGAAGGAAGGAAAGAAAAGAAUGAAGCGGGUCGGCUCUGUCGACAUACCUCAAGAGGCUUUUCACGAGCUGUUGAAGGUUUCAUAGAGGACGCCUGCCUUUGAGUUGGCUGUACUUGUAGGAAACAAUUCUUUCUUUCUUUUUUGUUCAAUUUCUUCUCUAAUCCAACAUAUAAUACCCACUCAAUUUUGUAAUAUCUUGGCUACGAGGACUGGAAGAAAGCCAUCCAGUUGUAGGGAUCAUUGGGUGAAAAUGGUAUGUGCAAUGAAGAAAGAAAAUGCUUCAUUUUUAGUCGGAAAACUUUGGUUUUAGCAUGAAAUGGCAUAAUAAAAAUUUGUAUAGCAGAAAAGAACUUCACUGGUCAUGUAUAUAUAUAUAUAUAUAGUACAAAUUAAAUUACAAAACAGGUUACUUUUAUUGGAGCAGACACCUAACUGGCACCUAGAUAAUGUACAUUUCCAUUGCAAGGUUUGGGCUAGCUGUGAAUACAAAGCAAUGAAAGCAGGGUGAAUUUCUUCUUGCUUCCGUUUCUUUGUCGACAGUUACGUCUGAUGUGUGAUCCAGUU